AUGGUGCUCACGAGAUCUCGCUCGGCAACACCAGCCAAAUCGAUCGCUGCGUCGUUCGGAUCAUCCAGCAAGGCAUCAAUCGCCACUCGAACAGCACCCGCCAAACGAGGCUUACUGCGCUCGGCAACGGACAGCGAGAUCAGCACUGCAAAAGCUGCUGCCAGUCCACGAAAACGAUCAAGGGUCAACACUGACAGUCCAGCCAAGGCUGACAUCGCUAAGCCUAAGAGUCCGGCAAAAGCCGAGGCACCCGAAGAGCCGUUCGUGAUUCCAGAGGAUGCAACCGAAGAGGAUUGCUUGACUCGCACCACCGUGCCGUUCCCAGCGCUACCUUUCGACUUCGAGCAAGCCAGAUUACAUCUUUGCUCCGCUGAUCGCCGCUUCGAGCGUCUCUUUCAGAAGAUUCCAGUACGAUGCUACGAAGAAGCGCUGGACGCUUCUCAAUCCGAAAGCAAGGAUCUCAACCUCUUCAAGACCGUCACAACCUCCAUCCUCGGUCAACAGAUCUCGUGGCUGGCUGCGAGAUCGGUACUAUACAAGUUCUGCCGCACCUUCCAUCCUGGCUCGAUGCCGGAAAAACCCGACUUUGCUGGCUUCCCUCGAGAGCAAUGGCCAUUUCCGACACCUUUGAUGGUUCUGCGCAGAUCCGAUGCUGAUCUUCGCGCAGCAGGUCUUUCAUUUGCCAAGGUCAAGUACGUCAAGGAUCUGGCAGCACGCUUCGUAGAUGGUCGACUAGAUAUCCGACAGAUUCUCGAGUUGGACGAUGAGGAGGCAUGCGUCACCGAGUUGAGCAAGAUCAGGGGUGUCGGCAGAUGGACGAGCGAGAUGAUUCUCAUGUUUGCCAUGCGCAAGCCCGACAUCCUUCCAUGUGCGGACUUGGGCGUGCAGAAAGGCAUGCUUAACUUCUUCCUUAGUGGCCCUGAAGGGCCCAAUAUCAGUGUCAAGAAGCGCAAGCCUGGCGAGGAGGAAGAUGAAGCUGAUACUAAGAAAGGGGCUGCAGUGAAGAAGGAGAAGUCGGAAGGACCGUUGGAGCUGACAGAAGAGAAGGGUGAUCAGGUCCCCUUGUUGGCACAGACGGAAGUGAUGCCCAAGCCAGAGCCUGAGUUCAAGGCCGAGCAGGGAGCGGAGGGCUCGCUCGACCAUCUGAUCUCGAAAGAACAUGGACUCUGCCGACAAGUGCUUCAAUCAAGAGCCAAAGGAAACAAAAUCAAGGGCGGACAGUACCUCAGUCCCGAUGAGAUGAAGGCGCUGGCACAGACCUGGUCACCAUAUAGAUCGGUCGCAUGCAUGUUUCUCUGGGCCACUGUCGAUGCAUAG